AUGUACUUUGGUAUUGCUCCCCUAGCGGCUGCUCUCUUACAUACUCGUUUUGCCGUUGCCGACUUUCUUAUCUUCUGCGGCGCCGAAAACCAGUUUCCCGAUGCAGCGUCGAGUCUUUCUAUCUCGUUCUUUAACAACCCCCCUAACUGCGAUGACUUUGUGAACUCGGUUGGUUGGACUCCGCAGUUUUACAACGAUGCUUCCCAUGGCGGCAUUGCCUGUGACGGAUGCACCGCCGCCAAGGCAGCUGCAGACUGGGAUGUCACUCGGUUUGAAGUCUAUGACAAUGAUGGCAAAUACUUCGAUAACGGCGAUGAUGCGCCUCACUUUACUCUGUAUAAGGAUGAAGAAAACGGUGGCUGGGGUAUGUACGAUGUUGAUAUGAACCUGAUCGGCACGUGCGAACGCCCGGAUCCUGUCCAGAUCAUCACUUGUCAAGAUGUUCUCUCUGUGGACAAUGCUGCAGGAAUAAUUCACUGCACAACGGUCUUGAGUAUGAGGGACUCGAACUAA